AAAUGGGAAAAUGUGAAAGUUUUCAAUGGGUGAAUCAGUUUUUAAUGUGGACGCCAUGGCUGCAGUAUUCGAGUAGUGCCCAUCGGAGGUUUAAUUGAUUGACGCCCACGCACGUGGAUGCAACAGAGCACAGACAGCCUCAUUGCGCUAUCCGUGGCGGCGCGUUGCAUUACUGUGCUUAUCAAACAGUUUGAUAAGGAUAUUACACAUAAUAUACAAGAGGAGAGUGGCGUAGGAGACGAAGUGACAACCUAUGGAUUCGUAAUAUCUCGGUAACAAACGAAGCAUAACCAAACGAAACCAGGUAAGGCAGGUGACGUCACUUGCGCGCACACACAGGUAGAGGAAAAUAUGGCGCUAGGACCACAACAAGUGCACCUCCCAGUGUUUAUGACCUGUGUAUGGCAUUGUUUUGUGUUGAUUACCGGCCAAACUUAUCCAGACCAUUACCAGCAAUACAACCAGUAUCCCCAGGAUAACGGGUAUUGGCCAAACGCGGACAGGGAUCACAGGACAUACAUUUACCAUGGUAGAAGGUAUGGUCAAUACCAGCCCAACGGAUACAACGGCCAAGAACGCCCAGGAGAUCCGAACAGGAUCGGAGAAGAUGAGCGAUUCUCCUACGACCAGGAGGGCAACAGCAGGCCUAUUUUGCCAGGAAUUCUGGCAGAUUGGCGUGAAGACUUGCAAGGGACGAGGAGGGAAGGAAGUAAUCAUAAUAAUCAAUUCGUUCAUGUGAAAACUAAAUACGGAAACGUGCAAGGAUUCAAAGUGUAUUUAUAUGAUAAUCCAGAUCCGGACUCCUAUUAUCGUCCUGUAUCAGAACAUAUACACCAAGUGACUGGAACAACUACAGUUUUCCUUGGUAUUCCAUACGCUUUACCUCCGACGGGCGAGGGUAGAUUCAAGCCACCGAGAAGACACAAGGGUUGGCAAAUAUUAGAGGCAGUUGAUUUUGGGCCGGCUUGUCCCCAGCCAUCUAUUUACACUGGAGCUACCAAGGGAAUAAGGGAUGUGAACGAGGACUGUUUAUACUUGAAUAUUUAUACCCCGUCGACGGAGGACGUCGGAAAGAAGUACCCCGUUAUGUUUUAUAUACAUGGGGGAGACUUUGCGCACGGCGCGUCCAACCAUUUCCCAGGCCACAUAAUGGCCACUUUCUACAAAGUAGUUAUAGUUACCAUUAAUUAUCGACUAGGCGCUUUAGGAUUUUUAAGUACAGCUGAUAUAAAUUCACCAGGAAAUUACGGCAUUUUAGAUCAGGCUAUGGCUUUGAAAUGGGUUUACGAAAAUAUUGAGUUUUUCAAUGGAGACAGCAGUAGUAUCACGUUGUUCGGUCCUGGUGCUGGAGCUGCUUCCGCAGGACUCCUCAUGGUAGCUCCAGAAACAAAGCAUAUGGUCAGCAAAGUUAUUGGACAGAGUGGUUCUGCUGUGGCUGACUGGGCUAUGAUUAUGGAUCAAUACAGAGCUCAGAACACUAGCCGCGUGUUUGGUCAGCUUGUUGGAUGCAGCAUAGAUUCCUCUUGGAAACUGGUGAACUGCUUGAAGAGUCGUAGUGCGAACGAAUUGGGUAAUGCAGAAUUCCCACCACAUAUAGGUUUAUUCCCAUGGGCGCCUGUGAUCGACUUUAAUUUGACGAUGCCUUUCUACGAGGGAUGGAAUGAGAGGGAUUGGCAUUUUAUGGAUAGUAACCCGGAGAACCUGAUCCGACAAGGCCAUUUCAACCGUGGCCUGAAGUAUAUGGCAUCGGUGACAAUGCAGGAGGCGGCUGAUUUUAUUUAUAAGAACGAUAGUUUGUCACCGUAUUAUGUUGUGGAUGAAGUUUUCUUCGAGCAAAAAGUGAAGGAACUCGUUUUGCGAUAUAAUUACACGUUGAACCCGAACGGAACGUACGAGGCUAUCAAAUACAUGUACACUUAUUGGCCCGACCCACACAAUGUUACACACAUCAGGGAAAAGUACAUAGAGCUGCUCUCGGAUUUUCUGUACGUCUCGCCCAACGAUAAAAUGAUAAAACUGCUAUUAGAAAAGGAUGUCAAAGUCUAUAUGUACGUAUUGAAUACGACCGUGGAGUCGUUCAAGAAUGAUUUCUGGAGGAAGACUCCGCACAACAUCGAGCACUACCUCCUGACCGGGGCACCGUUUAUGGACGUGGAAUUCUUUCCUAAGAAGGAAAGAUUUCAUAGAUUGCAGUGGACCAACAACGAUCGGAAUAUGAGUCACUUCUUCAUGAAAGCCUACACAGAUUUUGCCAGACAUGGAACUCCUUCUUUCACUCAGAUCUUUGGAUUGCAUUUCGAGCAGGCGAGGAAUGGCCAGCUGACUUAUCUAAACUUGAAUACUACGUAUAAUUCUUCGAUAAUGUGGAAUUACAGACAAACGGAGUCGGCAUUCUGGACGCAAUAUCUACCUAUGGUUGUUGGUAAUUUGGUGGUUACACUAAGGCCCACUACAGAAUUUUGGUAUGAGCCGAGUACACCUCUGCAGAUCGCCUUUUGGAGCAUGUCAACGGCGUGUCUGUUCCUUGUCGUGCUGCUUGUUGUGUGCUGCAUGCUGUGGAGAAACGCUAAGAGACAAUCUAGGAUCAGAAAGGAAUUCCUCACUGCAAUGGGUUGCAGGAAAUCGGACCGCUAUUACAAUGGGGACUUCAUAGUUACCGACAACGAUACGGAUUUAGGGAUAGAAAACACCCGCAGCCCGGAAAUCUACGAAUACACGGACAAGCCAAGAUCAAACUUCGGCGGCACCAGCAGUGCCGCCUCCUUCCGCACAAGCAGCGGAUCAUUGAAGGAGAUGCAAGAAUUUACCACGAGCAGCCCUAACGGCGAGGUCCACCGCAAGGGCACACCGGUUCUUGGCUCCAGGAGGAACACCCGAACAAAGGUCGUCCAGGGAAUUCCCCAAACAGACGUUUAAUGCUGCCAUAAUGUGUUUCAUUGAAAUUGUGAAAUGUGUUCAAAUUAUACCGUGUCCGUCCUUAUUUGUACAUUACUUGUUAUAACUUUAAUCGUUUUAGUUUAUUAUCGAUAUUAUAUUAAUGUGCUUCUGUAUAGUAUAUGAAAAAUGAUUUUCUUUUUUUUAAGAAUCUGACACUCGUGUACCUUAUUCAGUGGUGAUACUAGGCAUAAAGGCAUUUUGUUUCACCGCCCACCCGCAUCAAGAAAUUCAUGACCAAAGUUCGAGAACAAUCUGCCAUACUCUAUUUUACCAAUAGCAUUCCAAACAACAUUGUAUUUUUAAACUACUAACAUAUUACGUUUACAGAUCUCACAGAGAAGACGACAUCGAAACAAUAAUUACCUAGAUUUUGUAACAACAGGGGUAAAUCAUUUACUAAUUUUA